AUGACAGAUCUUUAUUACUAUAGUAUUCAUGACAAAGAUCACAAUUAUAAGAUCAAUGAUCACCUAAGAGCAGUUGAUGAAAAUUAUUUUGUAUUUGUAGGUAAAUUAUUAUUAGAAAAAUUGUUUGAAGCAUUGUUAGAAGUGUUGUUAGAAGUGUUGUUAGAAGUAUUAUUAGAAGUAUUAUUAGAAAUAUUAUUAGAAGCGUUAUUAGAAGUGUUGUUAGAAGUAUUGUUAGAAGUAUUGUUAGAAGUGUUUGUUAGAAGUAUUGUUAGAAGUGCUGUUAGAAGUGUUGUUAGAAGUGUUGUUAGAAGUGUUAUUAGAAAUAUU